UUGGCCCCAGAGGUGCUUCUGGGAAGUUGCGCGCGGAGCUUCACUUUGCCGGCCUGUGAGGUACGGCCCUUUCUGAUAGCUGGGGUUUCCAGGGCGAAGCGUCUUUGCCUGCCGCUGCCCACGUCUCCGGACUCUGGGACCAGGCAGCAGCGCGGCGCCGCCGAGGGAGGUCACCCCGCCAGGAAGGACGUGACGGGGGCGGCGCGUGUCGCGGACACUCCCCGCCGAGAGCCCGCCUGCCAUGGACUCGGAGUACUACGGCGGUGACCAGUCAGAUGAUGGUGGUGCUACCCCAGUACAGGACGAGCGGGAUUCAGGAUCAGAUGGUGAGGAUGAUGUAAAUGAGCAGCACUCCGGAUCCGACACUGGAAGUAUAGACCGGCAUUCAGAGAAUGAAACUAGUGAUCGAGAAGAUGGCUUGAACAAGAGACAUAAUGGAACAGACUCUGAGAAUGAUAAGCCCUCCAAUCUUAAUGCCAGUGACUCGGAAAGUGAGGAACUUCACAGGCCAAAGGACAGUGACUCUGAAUCUGAGGAGCAUGCAGAGUCUCCUGCCAGUGAUUCUGAAAAUGAAGAUGUCGACCAGCAUGGGAGCAACUCUGAAAACGAAGAGCUUCUUAAUGGGCAUGCAAGUGACUCAGAAAAGGAAGAGGCUAGAAAACAUGCUGCCAGUGACUCUGAAGCCGAGGACACUCUGCAGCCUCAGGUCAGCGAAUCUGACAGCGAAGAUCCCCCAAGACCCCAGGCCAGUGACUCAGAAAAUGAGGAGCCUCCCAAACCUCGGAUCAGCGAUUCAGAAAGUGAGGAGCUCCCCAAACCUCGGAUCAGCGAUUCAGAAAGUGAGGAUCCUUCAAGGCCACAGGCCAGUGACUCGGAAAGUGAGGAGCUCCCCAAACCCAGAGUCAGCGACUCGGAAAGUGAGGAGCCUCCAAGGCCACAGGCCAGUGACUCGGAAAGUGAGGAGCUCCCCAAACCCAGAGUCAGCGACUCGGAAAGCGAGGAGCCUCAGAAAGGACCUGCUAGUGAUUCGGAAGCUGAGGAUGCCUCCAGACACAAAGACAAGCCCGAGUCAGAUGAUAGUGAGGGAGAGAACAAGAGAGAAGGUUCGGCAGUGCAGAAUGAGUCAGCGGGCCGUACAGACAGAAAAAGACUCCACAGCUCGGACAGUGAGGAGGAAGAGCCGAAAAGGCAGAAAAUAGAUAGUGAUGAAGAUGAGGAAAAGGAGGGGGAUGAGGAGAAAGUAACAAAGCGGAAGGCUGCUGUGCUCUCUGAUAGUGAAGACGAAGAAAAAGCAUCGGCAAAGAAGAGUCGAGUUGUCUCUGAUGCUGACGACUCUGAUAGUGAUGUCGUAUCAGACAAAUCAAGUAAAAGAGAGAAGACAGUAGCAUCUGACAGUGAAGAGGACAUGGGGAAAGAAGAGUCAUCUGUAAAGAAGAGUGAAGAGAAAGAUCUGUUUGGGAGCGAUAGUGAAUCAGGCAAUGAAGAAGAAAAUCUUAUUGCAGACAUAUUUGGAGAAUCUGGUGAUGAAGAGGAAGAGGAAUUUACAGGGUUUAACCAAGAAGAUCUGGAGGAAGAGAAGAGUGAAACACAGCUAAAGGAAGCGGAAGAUUCCGAUUCUGAUGAUAACAUAAAGAGAGGAAAGCAUAUGGACUUCCUGUCGGAUUUCGAGAUGAUGUUACAACGAAAAAAGAGCAUGUGUGGCAAACGCAGACGAAAUCGAGAUGGGGGCACUUUUAUUAGUGACGCAGAUGAUGUUGUGAGUGCCAUGAUUGUGAGGAUGAAUGAAGCGGCGGAGGAAGACAGGCAAUUGAAUAAUCAAAAAAAGCCAGCACUGAAAAAAUUAACUUUAUUGCCUACUGUGGUUAUGCACCUUAAAAAGCAGGACCUUAAAGAAACAUUUAUUGACAGUGGCGUGAUGUCUGCCAUCAAAGAAUGGCUCUCACCUCUACCAGAUAGGAGCUUGCCUGCACUGAAGAUUCGGGAGGAACUGUUGAAGAUUCUGCAAGAGCUACCUAGUGUGAGCCAGGAGACCCUGAAGCAUAGUGGGAUUGGACGAGCAGUGAUGUAUCUAUAUAAACACCCCAAGGAAUCAAGGUCCAACAAGGAUAUGGCAGGGAAAUUAAUCAAUGAGUGGUCUCGGCCUAUAUUUGGUCUCACCUCAAACUAUAAAGGAAUGACAAGAGAGGAAAGGGAGCAGAGGGAUCUAGAGCAGAUGCCUCAGCGACGGAGACUGAGCAGCACUGGUGGUCAGACACCACGAAGAGACUUGGAGAAGGUGCUGACAGGAGAGGAAAAGGCUCUUAGACCUGGAGAUCCUGGCUUCUGUGCCCGUGCUAGAGUUCCAAUGCCAUCAAACAAGGACUAUGUCGUCAGGCCCAAGUGGAAUGUAGAAAUGGAGUCAUCCAGGUUUCAGGCAACCUCCAAGAAAGGUAUCAGUCGACUGGAUAAACAGAUGAGAAAGUUCACAGAUAUCAGGAAAAAAAGCAGAUCUGCACAUGCAGUGAAAAUCAGCAUCGAAGGCAAUAAAAUGCCAUUGUGACCUUGCCUGGGAUGCGUCCCCAUCUCUAAAAAAUGCACAAUGGACUAUCGAGAAAGAAGAUACUUUUCAAUGUUUUAGUGUGCUCUACCUGUGGUCAUAGGACUGACGUUUUUCUCCGUUGUAUUUGAGACCAUUUGUUGUCUACUUUGUACAGAAGAGUACUACUCCUGCUUCUAGAAACUGAAAAUUUUAUAUGCUUAUAUAGCUUUGAGUUUAUGCCUGGUAUCCUUUCUUUACAACUUGAAGGAUUCCCUUCUGCAUUUCUUAAAGGAGCUUCCCUGGGAGAUGGACUCUGCCGAUCUCAGAGGAAAUUGCUACUCAACACCCAUAAAUCUGGGUCAUUUAAAUAUUUGGUCUGCAGUUGGUGGCUGUUUGUGGAAGGUUAAGAAGUGUGACCUUACUGGAAGUAUAUUACUGGAGGUAGGCUUUGAGGUUUCAAAGGACUCGUGCCAUUUUGAGUUACCACCUUCUGUUUGCUGCUCGUGGUUCAAGAUGUGUGCUUUCAGCUGCUCCUCAUGCCUGUCACCUGCUGUCCUCACUGUGUCAUCAUGGAUUCCAACCCUCUGAAACCGUAAGCCCAAAAUAAACCACCUACAAGUUGCCUUGGUCAUGGUGUUUUAUCACAAUAGAAAAGUAAUGUAGAAGUUGGUGCCAGGAGUGGGGUAUUACUGUGAUAGACUUUGACCAUGUGGUUCGGGGAGCAAUGUGGAAGCCUUUGGAACUCUGGACUAGAAAAGCCAUUGGAUGCUGUAAGCAGAGCUUAAUGGGCCAUUCUAGUAGAAACUUUCAAGAAAGUACUGAAAGUAGUGUGAACUAGCUCACAAGUUCUCAGAGGGGAACAAUAUAAGCAACUGAGCUGGAAACCAUUCUUUCAAUAUUUGGCAAAGAACAUGGUGGCCUUCUGCCCUUUUUGUAAGAACUUGCCUGAGGUUAAAUUUAAAAGUAAUAGACUAAUGUCUUUGACAGAGGAGAUUUCAAAACAGCCUAAAAAACUAACUCUGUUUUGUGGUUGUUAGAAAUUAUUUUUUUGCAGGUCUACAAUGAAGAGCAAAUAGGGCAGAAAGAAAUACAAAAUGUAGAGCUUGGAGAGGAAAAGGAUACUGGCAAAGUUAAUGUUACAGUCAAGGCUUGUUCUGGAAGACAGACUGUAACUGUUAAGGGAGGCCAAAUCUGCAUUGGAAUGGAUGCCCUCUUGCAAAGACCCCACUCAUCUGAACUUCCAAUUUGUGAAAGGAAAAGACCUAAGGAAUUAACAAAAUGUCAGUGUCAGCCAUCGAGUUCUGGCUUAGAGUCAUGAAGGACACACAUGUAAAGGAGUUGUAGAACCUGCCUCCACAGUUAAGGAGAGCCACUGGGGCCAGGCAUGUGGAAGUCAAGUAUGAAUUGCACUGAAGACCACAAGAUGUUAGAGGUGCCCGAGCCAAGGCAUAUCUGCCAAAGAGAGCUUCGUACAAAAAGUGGAACCCACUCUGAGAAAGAAAGAUCUGUCUUAGAGGCAGCAAAGCCAAAAGGGAAGGGCCAUUUAAGCCCUUUGACAUCAGACACGGAGCUACAGGAUAUAAGAGGUUGCCCUGCUGUGUUUUGGCCUUCCUUUGGUGCAGUAUUUCUUCAUAUGCUGUGAUUCCUCAAUUUUGGAAUGGUAAUAUAUAUUUUGUGCCAUUGUAUGUUGGAAGAAUGUGAUUAAUUGCUUUUGAUUUUGCAGGGGGUUCCAAUUAAAAGAUUUUCUUGAGUCUCAGAAACUGGACUUUUGAAGUUUGACUAAAUGCAUUUUGCACUAUGAUGUGGCCAUAAGCCUGUGUGUGCCAUGGAGCGGAAUGUGGCGAUUUGAAUGAAAUGUUCCUCCAGAAGCUGAAGGCAUUUGAAUACUUGGUCCACAGUUGGUAGCUGUCUCUAGAGGUUAGGA